UGGGAACAUAAAUAAACAAAAAAUGCAAACAUGUUGUUUACAUCUGCAGAUUUUAUACAUCCAAGCAUACACAAAAUAAUUCAUAAACUCUUCUGUGGGAUCAGACUUAUUGAAGUUGCUUAAAGUAUGUUUUCCUUAGAUGUUCUGUAUCUCACUCAUUUUAAUAUUCCUUCUCAUUCACCUCUUCUUCACUUGUAUUUUUUUGAUUGAAGGUUCAUCUGCUGAUGUGAUUGAAGAGGUGUGCUAUGGCAUGCAUUUGAGAUUACCUAUUUUUGUAACACCACCUUUAUUCAGUGGACAGAUGUACUUCACUCCGAGUAAUGGGGAACCCAGGAAGCUAGUGAUGGAUAAUGGGAAGGCAAAGGACCCGCGCCUCAAAGUUUACGAUGGCAGUAGUUCAUUACACAGAUUUGACAGAAAGAGAUGCAGGAACCUUUUCUGUCUCAAAUGACAAUAGUAGACGACGCAAUAUUGUGAAACUGAACAUUUUGGAGUGUGCUGAGAAGAAUGCAAAGUAUUACGGGGAUAAAUACUCCACUCGUAUAAAUCAGGCUGAAUACCUGGAGUUCACUCCCCUUCACAGUGUGGACCUGCCAAAGGUUGUGUGGAAUCUUACUGACCCUCAGACCAAUGAGAAAGGCAGAUGGCAGGUGAAGUUUCAUAUCUGGGAGCUGAAGAACCUCAAUCAGGCAGACGCGGGCUACUACAACUUCAGAGCAAAAGACAAGACUUUGCUGAAGAGGAUAUUGCUCGAAGUAAAAGUGCACCAUAUAAACUAUGAUGCAAUGGAGAACACGUGGCUCCUCAUCGAUAAUCCUUCAUCUGAUAUCCUGUGGACUGUGACUUUUACACCUGACGGGAAAGUACAAAAGAAAACAUUGAUAGAAAAAGGCCAUCUGAUCACACAAGAUGAAUGGAUCUCAGAGCCUUGGACUUUACCAGAGAGGAUUCAGGUCUUGAGGAAUGGCAUAACGAUUCAUUCUUUGGAGGUCACAGACUCUGGCACCUUUGAGUUCAUAGACCUGCAAGGUCAUCUUACUAAGACUGCGAUGUUGCUGGUAAAGCAUGAACCAGACAGUACUAUUGCAAUUGUUGGGAUUGCUGUCGGGAUUUUCUUUGGGGUAAUAAUCUGCUGCUGCUGUGUGAAAAGGUGCUGUUGUAAAAAGAGCUCUUCUAAAAGGGAGGAUUCUGCUCCUCAGACUGCAACCACACCUGCUGUGUAUUACCAUGAUGUGAAUCAACCUGCAGGUCCACAUUUCACUGCUGCACCUGCUCCAAAUUACUCCUAUCAGCCAAUGAAUUCCCUUGUUUCUAGAGAAGCUACAACUAUCUCACCUGAUCCACCGGUGUACAACCCGGUGAAUAUCCAUGUGAACCCCCUUCAACUUCAGGUUGAACCGUUAGGAGGGUUAGGAAUUGAUCCAGCUCCUACACUCGGCUCUGAUUGUCUCUCCUCAGACCGUAUGCCAACGUUUGAGUUUGAGACUUCCACUCUCCCCCUCAGUGCAGAAACAACAUUCAGUCAUGUGUAUACCUCUGAUAAACUCAACUUUCUGUAAGGAGCGCACCAAAAACUUAAGGGAUAAGUAGUUUGAUUCGGCAUUGUGCUUUAUGACUAGUGGGAACACAGCCAUUUCAGUCCUUGAUUGGAUUGUGUGAUAUACGCACAUAAGAAAAUUGAGUCCCUGCAAACCUGCAAAAUAGUUGUGACAGGUGCACAGGAUAAGGACCAUGUUGAGAAACAAGACUUCAUUCACACUAUGUUGACCUAUGACUUAUCGUAGGUUAAAAUAUGGCAUAUUCUCUUUCUUUCAAUUUAAACACCAACAAAUAUGCGCUGUGAUCAAAGAAGUUUGAGGCCAGUACAACAGUAACAGUAAGUGAACUGCCAUAAUCAGGAUAUCUGUGUUAUAUGGAAUAUAAAUGUGUGUGCCAUAAACUCAGGUUAUAUAUAAAAUGCAUAAUGUACACUUUGCCUUUACCCUACUGCCAUACAUAUCAAAGGGUAUGGAGAGAUGACUUUCCAUUGAGGACUUAACGUAACUGACUACCACUCAUGGAGAUGAAAACUCUACUCUAUUCAUACAACUGCUGAACAGCGGGUUCAGAAAGUAUUCAGACCCCUUUCAUUUUUACACAUUUUGGUAUGUUACAGCAUUAUGCUAAAAUUGUUUUAAUAAAUGUUUUCCCUCAUCAAUCUACACUCUAUACCCCAUAAUGACAAAGCGAGAAAUCUUUGCAAAUGUAUUAAGAAUUGACAAAAGUAUUCAGACCCUUUACUCAGUACUUAGUUGAAGCACCUUUUGCAGCAAUAACAGCCUCAAGUCUUCUUGGGUACGAUGCAACAAGCUUUGCACAUCUGGAUUUGGGGAUUUUCUUCCAUUCUUCUCUGCAGAUCCUCUCAAGCUCUGUCAGGUUGGAUGGGGACCGCUGAUGGACGGCCAUUUUCAGGUCUCUCCAGAGAUGUUCAAUUGGGUUCAAGUCCGGGCUCCGGCUGGGCCACUCAAGGACAUUCACAGAGUUCUCCCUAAGCCACUCCUGCGUUGUUUUGGCUGUGUGCUUAGGAUCGUUGUCCUGUUGGAAGGUGAAGGUGGUUUGGUUUUUGCUCAAAAAUACAUUGUGAAUUGUUGGACCUUAUAUAGACAAGUGUGCGUCUUUCCAAAUCAUGUCCAAUCAAUUUCAUUUACCACAGGUGGGCUGUAGGAACAUCUCAGCUAUGAUCAUUUGAAAUGUGAUGCUCCAGAGCUUAAUUUCAAGUGUCACUGCAAAGGGUCAAUGUGACAUUUCAGUUUCUUAUUUUUAAUACAUUUGCAAAAAUUUCUAAAAUUCUGUUAUCACUUUGUCAUUAUGGGGUAUCGAAUCUAGAUUGAUUAGGGAAAAAAAGAAAUGAAACAAUUUUAGCAUAACGCUGUAACAUACCAAAAUGUGAAAAGAUUGAAGGGGUCUGAAUACUUUCUGAACCCGCUGUAUAUACUGUAUAAAAAAAUAAAUAUAUAUAAAUAUAUAUAUAUAUAUAUAUAUAUAUACAUGCACC